AAAAUUCAGGCGAAGUGACAAACUGACAUUGACGGUUAUCGGGCGAGGCUAACCUCAAAAACGCCUGCCCCGCGCUCAUUUCGUCGAACACCUGCCGCGCGUCUCCUCUUUGCCUCCGCCGCCGCAGUCGUCCGAUGCGCCGCUUCUGCCACGUCCCUCGCGGCCGGCGGGCGGCCACCGCGCCCCACGACCACCAGCGGCUCCCGCCGCCGGAGUGGAUCGAGCCGUACCCGGACCUCGCGGACCCGAGCCCGUACGCCUCCGCCUCCUCCGCCCCGCCCACCCCGUCGCCGUGGCUGCCCCGCGUGAUCUCCCUCGUCCUCCGCUCCCCGCCCGCCACCCUCGCCGCCGACCUCCGCGCCUUCUGCAAGACCUUCCUCAUCCGUCUCUCCCCGGUCUUCGUCGCCGCCGCGCUCCGCUCCCCGCAGCUCGCCCCGCAUCCUCUCCCGUCGCUCCACUUCUUCCGGUCCCUGCCCAACGGCGCCGACCUCCUCGCCCACCCGCAGAGCCUCCUCAGCUGCUAUGUCUCGCUUGUCCACUCCUUUGCCCGCUUCAGGGACGCAACCCCGGAUGCUGCCGGCCAGGUGCGGCAGUUCGUCGCCGAGCUGCGAGCGCACGGGGACGCCGUACUGCAGCACCUCACGCCGGCGUCGUCGGCGUCGCUGAUCCGCAGUCUUGCCGCACUCGGCCUCUCCGAGGAGCUUCUGUGGGCGUGGCAGGCCAUGCGCCUCGCCGGCGUUGAGCCUUCCAGGCUCGCCUACAACUGCCUCCUGGAUGGCCUGGUUAACGCCGGCCUCCUAGACACUGCCAUCAACGUGUUCGACGCAAUGUCCACGGAGGAUCGGGUGCGUCCUGACGUGGUUUCCUACAACAUUCUGAUCAAGGGGUACUGCCGUGCAGGGAGGACCCAGGAUGCAGUGACACGUUUUGCAGACAUGCGGGAACAGGCAGAGCUCACGCCGGACAAGAUCACUUACCUUACUCUCAUGCAGCGGCAUUACAGCGAGGGCACGUUUCCACAAUGCAUAGCACUGUUCCAAGAGAUGGAAGAGAGGGGAAUGGAGCAGGAGAUACCUCAGCAUGCUUAUGUGCUGGUGAUUGGAGCGCUCUGCAAGGACGGGAAACCAUUCGAGGGGAUGGCUGUGUUUGAGAGGAUGCUGAAGCGAGGGUGUUCUGCUAAUGCAGCCAUGUACACUGCACUCAUUGACUCGAUGGGUAAGUUUGGGAGGGAGAAAGAGGCAAUGGCACUCUUUGAGAGGAUGAAGGCUAGUGGAAUUGAGCUUGAUGCGGUCACAUAUGGUGUGGGUGUUAAUUGCUUGUGCCAAUUUGGCAAUAUGGAUGAGGCACUUGCAUGCUUCAGGAGCUGUGUAGAGAAGGGUGUGGCAGUGAAUGCCAUUUUCUAUGCAAGCCUAAUUGAUGGCUUUGGGAAAGCUGGGAUGGUCGACCAGGCACAGGAACUCUUCAAGGAGAUGACGUCCAAAGGUUUUGUGCCAGACUCAUAUUGUUACAACAUUCUGAUUGAUGCAUUAGUCAAAGCAGGAAGAACAGGCGAUGCUUGUGCUUUGUACAAGAGGAUGGAAGAUGACGGCUGUGAUCAAACAGUCUACACGUACACCAUACUCAUUGACGGUUUGUUCAAGGAACACAAGAAUGAGGAAGCCCUGAAGUUCUGGGACAGUAUGAUUGAUAAAGGAAUCACCCCCACUGCUGCAGCUUUCAGGGUCCUCGCCAAUGGACUCUGCCUUUCUGGCAAAUUCAGCCGGGCAUGCAGGAUACUGGAUGAACUGGCUCCAAUGGGGGUGAUCCCUGAGACAGCCCAUGAGGAUAUGAUCAAUGCCCUGUGUAAGACUGGCAGGUUAAAGCAGGCCUGCAAGUUGGCAGAUGGAAUUGUGCAGAAGGGCCGUGAGAUACCUGGGAGGGUUCGAACAAUGAUGAUGAAUGCACUAAGAAAAGCUGGAAACACUGACCUGGCAGUUAAACUGGUGCAUAGUAAGAUCGGCAUUGGGUAUGAAAGAUCUGGCAGCAUAAAAAAGAGAGUGAAAUUUCAGACCCUGCUCGAGUGAGUUGCCAGUGCUGUUUUCCUCUAAAGUGUACUCCGAGGUUAACAUCUCGUGCUCCAGGGCCCAGGCUAUCUUCCUGAAGAAAGCAUCCCCUCCGCACAGGAUUUUCUGUUGAAUGGUUUGGUAGCUUUGAGGGACCAGCUUUAAAUCAAUAAAUUAUAUUGCUAUUCAGUUUUUUAAGAUACCUUUCCCUGAUUGCUUGAAGAACCAAACUGGGAUCAGUUUCUUCGAUGGCACACCUGUACACUACACCGAUACAUGUUCUAGGACCAGAAUCUACUUGGAGCAAUUACUUCGUUUACAGCCAAAAGGAAAGGUAACUCACUCGAUGAAUCAGAUCUGAUUGCCGUAGCGUCAAAAAUACUAUCACAGAAUAUGUGAAGCAAUGAAGACCAGCUGGUGCUGCUAAGGCACUUUUUAAAUUGGUAGCACCAAACCGCAACUCAGAGCUACCCUGCUGAAUGAUGACUGAUGAAAAGCUUCGAUCCAGAUUUAAAUGAGUGUCGAGUAAUGCAUGAGAGAUAGAAAGAGGGGGUAGUUCUUGUCUGGACCGUGCUGGUGAUGACUACUGAAGGCCUUAAGCUUCGAUUCAGACUUCGAACCCUGCUCGUGAUGACUUAUGAAAAAAGCUGAAGACUAUGACACUUCUAUGAUAUAUCACUUAUGAGCAGUAACGCACGAGAUGAAAGUAGGUAGUUCUUGUUCUUGUUAGGCAAAAUAGCCAAUUGCAUCCUUCAACUAAUGGUCAAGGGUCAGUUUAGUUCCUGAACUAUAACCGGCAACAGUAUGAUGAAUACGGCAUCCAGCAUCGCUCAACUCCAAAUACUGAUGAUCCUCUGCUUACACUCGUGGACAAAUGUCCCCUCUCCAUGUCUUAAAAAAAUAAAAAUCAGAGAGCACACAGCGCUACCACUCCUAUGCCUUCCCACUACGAGUACCACUCCAAGAAGACAGCAAGCCCACAAUCCUUCGAUCCCAAGCACUGGGAUGUAAAUGGUAUGGAUAUUUUCCGACUGUAUUCGAAUUCGAUCCGGUCUGGAAGGAUUUUUAUCCGUCCGUAUCCGAUUCCGAGUAUCCAAUAUCCGUAAUCGAUCCGUAUCCGAAUGCUCAAAA